CUUAAUAUUCAUUGUCUUGCCCUGAACAAAAAUACCAACGCGGGUCACUUGCAAUCACAACUUGUUUGGCUCCCUCUACACCUCUCAACCUUCUCCUUCACGUAUUUUUCUUCAACUUAUUAACACUGGCAUUGCAUGCUUUGAAAUCCAACAAAAAAUAGCACCUAUAUUUAUAUAUCGCGCAUCGCAUAUAUGUAUGUAUAUAUAUACAAAGUUACAAACCUUCAUCUUCUAACCCCACCCUUUAAGCCAAACCAUCUUCUUCCACAUAUAUAACAUUUAUGCAUCAUGUUCCUUUUGCUCAGCAUCUCUGUUUCUUCCGUUGUCUUCAAAUUGGAGGUUUUUGAUUAAUGGGUUUUCUCCGUCUCCCUCUGAAUUGUAUGAGAUUCUUUAAUUUUCUUGGUUGACACUUGAGCCUUGACUUGCCCGAGUUUGUUUCCUUCAAAGUUUUGAAAUGGGACCCGUUAGAGGGAUGAAGAGGAGGAAGAAGGCAGAGAAGAAGGUUGACCAGAAUGUGUUAGCUGCAGCUGCUUCACUGAGUUCUCAACCCCAGCCCGUCGAUUGGUGGGACGACUUCUCUCAGAGAAUUACUGGCCCUUUAUCAUCAAAAUCAGAAGAUAGAAUGAAAUUUGAAUCUGUCCUCAAAGUUUCGAGAAAGACAUUCAGUUACAUCUGUUCACUUGUAAAGGAAGAUAUGAUGACUAGCAGCUCAAACUUCAGCUAUUCAAAUGGAAAGCAGUUGUCUCUAAAUGACCAAGUUGCUGUCGCUCUUAGGAGGCUUAGCUCUGGUGAGUCCUUAGUGAGCAUCGGUGACUCAUUUGGGAUAAACCGAUCAACCGUUUCUCACAUUACCUGGAGGUUUGUGGAAGCAAUGGAAGAAAGAGGGCUGCACCAUCUUUGUUGGCCUACAAAGCUUGGUGAAAUGGAGGAGAUAAAGUCCAAGUUUGAGAAAAUCCGCGGCCUUCCAAAUUGUUGUGGUGCAAUUGACAUCACACACAUCCUGAUGACCCACCCUACACCGGGCUCACCAGAUGAUGUCUGGCUUGAUUGCGAAGAAAAAUGCAGCAUGAUCUUGCAGGCAAUCGUUGACCCAGAUAUGAGGUUCCGUAACAUUAUUACAGGAUGGCCAGGAAGUUUGAGUGAUGAGCUAGUCCUUCGGAGUUCAGGUUUUUUCAAGCUGUGUGAAGAAAGAAGUUGUUUAAACGGGAAGAAGUUGGUGCUUUCAGAAGGAACAGAAGUAAGAGAAUACAUAGUUGGAGAUUCUGGUUUUCCUCUCUUGCAAUGGCUUCUCACUCCUUACAAGGGGAGGGAGCUCUCAAACUAUCAGUGCGAGUUUAACAAGCGGCUCUCUGCGACGCAGAUGGUGGCGCGCAGGGCGUUGGUGAGGCUGAAGGAGAUGUGGAAGAUAAUUCAAGGGGUAAUGUGGACGCCUGAUAAGAACAAGUUGCCAAGGAUUAUUCUGGUUUGCUGUAUUCUGCACAAUAUAGUUAUUGAUUUGGAGGAUGAGGUGCAAGAUGAAAUGCCCUUGUCUCAUCAUCAUGAUUCUGGUUACCGGCAACACACAUGUGAAUCUGCUGACAAUACUGCCUCUCUCCUGAGAGAGAAGCUUGCUCUUUACUUGUCUGGAGAGAAGAACCUUGCUUCAGUCUUACCUGGUUGAAAUUGGAAAUCUUAUAAUCUUUUGGGGAACUUACUUUUGUAGAAACUAUAGUUCUAAAUAUAAUUUUGGCUGAAUGAAUCUCUCGCUCAAAUUGGAACCUC